AACUGACAUUUCAAAUUAUAAAAAAGUUACCGGAUUUCAAACGGUCUCGGAGCGGGCGGUGUAUUUGUGUUUAGGUUCAACAGCUCUGCAUCGCAUUUUGGCAAGAUUCCCUCGGGUGCGCGCGUUACAUAAAAUGAACGUCGCGUUUCGUGCCACACAAAAAGGAUAAAAAUAGAAUUUGAGAAUUGACGCUUGGAGGACAGAAAUUACAAGUGCGGGCGCCGUCUAUAGUGACUGAAACUCAGUGUGUGUGAGUGUUGAUCAAGUGUUUAGUGGACUUGCGAAGAUGGCCCACCAAGUGGAGCCGAUGGACAUAGACAGUGACUUUGAUAACAAAGAGAACAGUUUACAUCACAACAAUGUGCUGCCGUUCACGGAGAAGGGCUACGAAGAGCUGGACGUGUCGGAGCUAAACAUGAAACUCAGGUACUCUGUCACUCCAGCUUCCUCGCCUAUGUCUAAGAGCUACACCGCCAACUGCCUUGACAAUAGAAGCAUAGAAUCAGGGGAUGACACUUUAAAUGUAACAAUCAAUGAGAAUAGUAAUUUAACAAGAUCACUUAAUUCUAAUUUGACUAAGAAUGACAGUGUUGUAAAAUGUAGUAAAACUUUACCACUUCAAACUAUAUCUACAGAGCAAUUUGUAGACAGUAAUAGGAACACAUCAGUGCUCCGGCCUCUAGACUCAACUGUUACUCAAGAUAAUGCUAAUGUGACUGUCACAGUAAGCGGUCCCAGUGACAUUGAUGAUCACCUGUUGAGUUCAUCAUCCUCUGCAGUACAAACUCCUGAAGCAACAACACCAACAAAGGAAAUUCCUAAGAAUGAUGGUGGAUCUCCUAUAAUGCGUGGCCUCAAAAGUGUUCUCAAUAUGUUUAGAUCGUCACAAAGUCCUAUACCACCUGCAGAUAGUGAUGAUGUUGUGAAACCGGACAUACUGAGCCCGGUAGAGGCUUCAGUGACAUCUGAAGAAGCAAAAGCAAACGCUAUGUUAGUAUCCACACCAAUUUCAGCACAUCGGAAGAAAGAAGCGAGUCCUACAAAAAGGAGUAGUCCCACUAAAGAACCAAUUGUGUUUAAUGAGGACCUCGAGAAAGAGCUGCAGUGGAAAGAUGAGACAACCAUAAUAUUCAGCCAGGAGCGUAUCCCUAUACACAAGUUAUUCUUUCCGCUUGGUCAACCUGAGACGCAGAAGCCUACUUCUAGCCAAGAGGUGCCAACACCUCAGAAGACACAGGAUUUGGAUUCUACAGUUGAAUAUAUGGAUAUAUCAUACAAUGAUUCAAUUAGAGAUAGAACUAUGACAGACAUACAAGAAUUGGCUAAUAAGACUGAUGGAACUAUAGGUGUUGAGUCUGACGGAGAGUUUGUGGACUGUGAAACAACAUUUACAAAGAGUGACUCAAUACUAGAAGAUAAUGAUAAGACUCCUGUAAAUAAAACACAAGAUUUAGCUGAAGAUAUUGAGAAUAUAAGUGAAAAUACAAGUUCAAGGCUCAAACAAGUAGUUUUGAAUACUACCCAAGAUAUUUUAGAUGCCACCCUGUCAAUAACCCCAGAAGACUUACUACCAGAAUGUUUAGUUAAAAGUCAACAAUUACCAGAACGAGUAUCACAGUCUACAAAUGCUACAUCCAAUUUUCCAAAUGAACCGAAGCUUGAAGAAUCCAUUGAAAUGAAUGACACGAAAAUAUUAGAAGACACCUUGCAUAAUAUAUCAACAUUUGAAGAAGAAAAUCCUAAUAUAAAUGAUACUAUGGCAUUAUUGAACCAAACAGUAGAUGUUCAAGAUCCUAAUUUAACUAAAACAUUUGAUAUUAAGCCAAAUCUAGAUCAAACAGUAGACAUAAUAAAACCUGCAGAAUGUACUGAAGAUCCUAAUUUGACUAAAGUAUUAGAAAAUGUUACAGUCGAAACAUUAAGUAUAGUAAAACAAGAACAUCCAUUAAAUGAAACUUUGAAAGAUAAGAAAAUGAUUGCUGAAGAAGCUGAAGAAUUUGAAAGGCCACCAGUAGAUGUAGAAAACAAUUCGAGCCAUGUUACUGAUCUCAACACUACAGAUACAAUGAGCCCACAAGAUACUGAGAUCCAUACUUCAAAUAUUACUAUCAUAACAGAUUCUAGUCCUGAAAUAUUUAAUGAAGUUGAUAAACUAUCACAAACUUUUGAAGUUGAAGAAAAAUCUGUACCUGUUAAAGAGGCAUCAAUGACUGAGUUUGCUGCAGAAGUACCAUUACCUGAUGAAGAUGAUCUUGAGAAGGAACCUAUCCCAGAUAUUGCUAAUGAAGCACCUAAUAGUUUGCCUUUAGACCUUGUUGAUGAUAUCAAAGUGCAAAUGGAAAAACUUGAGGCAACAGAAAAUGUAAUUGAAGAUGUAGCAACACAAGUAGAAGAGAAUGAAAACAUAGACGAUAAAAUAUCAGACGCAACUUUGACUUCUUGUGAUGUUGAUAAUUUAAAAGAAGAUGCAGCUCUAUUUGAAUCUUUAGUACAUGAAGCAGUUCCAGAAGUUGUCGAAGCAAUUAAUGUUGAAAGUAAGCAAGUCAACAAAGUCGAUCCUGUUGAUUUAUUACCAGAACCAGUAACUGAUAAUACAAUUAGUACAGAAGCUGAGAAAAUAGUUGAUCAAGUACACAAUGAUGUAGAAAUGAAUACAGAUACAGUUACAGAGCCUCUUAAUACGACAGUAGAAUUUGCCACUGAAGAAAAGCAAGGGAACACCUCCAUGAAUAUUAAUCAAAGUGUGAUUGAAUUAAAACCACUUCCUGAUAUCAUCAAUCAAAUGCCUAAUGUUGAAAAUCUUGUAAUGGAAACUAUACCUGAACCAGUGAUACUAGAACAACCUACUGUUUUGCCAGAAAAUAAUGUCAAUGUAUUUAAGGAAGAGGUUGUCUCGAACGAUGGACCAGAACUCUUAACAAAAACUGACGUUUCUGACGUAGAAGAACCUGAUAAUGUCUUAGAACCUGAGAUGGUGGUCGUUGUUGAUGAAGUUAAUAAAGUCUCUGUUACUGACUCCAUUGAAACAACUAUUAUUGAAGAUACACAUACAGCUUCAAAUAUUGAUUCAAGUGCAGACCAUAACAAUCUUGAUGUAAUAACUGCUGAGCCCCUUAAGCUUGGCGAUCAAGUUCAACCAGUUGAAAAAGUUGAUGCACCUAUCAGUGAAAAUACUGAAACCAAAACUGAAGAUGACGAAAUUAUACUCUCUGAAAAUAAUAGUCCAUUUGUAUCAGUCAUCGCUGAAAAUAUUCCUGAAGAAAUUAAAGCAGAAGAAACUGUUGAUGUGUCUAAUAUUAAUGAGCAGUUAGCGACCACCACCAGAGUCGUAUUCACUCCACCAGCUUCUCCACCAAUAGCAUCUAAGGGCUAUAACUUCAAUUUUGAUGAAAUCGAUGAUCCCUUUGCUACUAAAACCAAAAUAAGAAUGUCACCAUCAUUUGAGACUCCAGUCAAAACUGUUGAACCUGCAAGUACUAAAAGCGCAGAUAAAAUUAUACCGAAAAAAGAAAUCAAUAACAGUAGAAAAUCACAACCAGAAAGAAAAAGACCUGCUACUCCUAAGAAAAAGUUUAAUUCUACUUUCAGUGGUGAUGUUAAUGAUAAAACAGCGGAGAAAAUUGAAAUUUCAGGUGAUGGUGAUUUUAAACUGGAUUCACCACCUGAUGUAGCUUUGGAACCGAACAAUGUCAUGAUUGAAGAAGACAAAAUAACUGAAGAAAUUAGAACAGUUCAUGAAAACCCAUUGAAUGUUACAGAAGAAGUUAACGUUGUCGCUGAAACAUCAUCCUCUGUGCAGACUGAUGACUUAAAAAUUACUUCGUCAUCAGAACUGUCUACAUAUUUCUCUGCGGACACAUCGUCAAGUGAAAGCUUCCCUUCAAGAAAUGUCUUCAACAUACCAGAGAUUGAUGAUAUGAACUUUAAUCCGUUUGCAACUAAAUCUAAAAUGCGACAAUCCCCACCUCUGAGUUUUGAUGGAAAUGUAGAAAAUCCUUUUGCUACUAAAAGCAAAAUUAAGAAUACUCCUGAGUCUUCCAUGAUAUUACUGGAUAAUGAAAUAGUAAAAGAAGAAAACAAUGUAAUUACCGAAUUCCCUACCGAAAAAAUAGAUAUUGAGUUAAUGGAAAAAGAUGCUUCAGGAAACUUGAGUAAUGUAACUGCUUCUUCUAAAGCUACUGACGAUAAAAAUGGUACAGUCAGGGAAGUAAAUACUGAUGAUGAUGACACUGUCGAGGGACCGUUCCUAGAGGCUGAAGCUGAUGAUAAAAUGUCUGACUUUGAUGGUGAAAAUAUUGACAUGAUGCAUUUCAAUGAAUUACCAACUCAAGGAAAUGAAGAGAAUGUUGAUAAUGGUGAAUUGUUUAUAGAUGCAGAGGCUUUUGAGUUUCUUUUGAAUCAGAAUAAAAGUAAUACAGUUGUUGACAGUGGUAAAGAGAGUUUGUUCCUUAAAUUUGAUCCACUUUUCGCAAAGAGAAUGUCAUCUAUCACAUCAGAUGGUUUGGUAGCUUCUUUGAAUAAGAUUCAGAAAAGACAAAGUACUCCUACAAAGGCAGCAAUGCCAGUGAAAGAAGAGAGGUCACCUAUCGCUGGACCUUCCAACUUAAAUAUUACUCAAGACAUGGAUGUGAGCGAGGAAUUCAAUGAUGAUCUGAACGUCACUGUGUCUAAGCCGAUGAUGGUUGUUCCCCCUGCUGUGAACCCAGUUACACCUAGAAACAAGUCACUGACUCCCAAUAGAUCGAAUAGGCGUUCUAUUACAUUCACGUCUCCUGCCAUGGCUGUUAUUGACAGACUACUGUCCUUGAGUGGCAAUACUUCCCUUAUGCACGAUACCAGUGUUACACAACACACUAGGGAACAAAAUGAAGCCGAUUUAGCUCUCACACAGUUACGAGAGCUUCUUGCCGAGAAAGAAAUACACGUUUACAGUCUAAGGUCUGAAAGUAAAGAACUCAAAGAUAGAUUAUCUUCAUUGGAAUCUCAUUUGAAGAGCUUAGAAGAAGAAAGUCAGGAUAGAUUGAAGAAGAUCAACGACUUGAAUGCUCGGCUUGCUGAGAAGACGAAGAUCAAUAAAGGCAUGGCGGCUGUAGUCGAGGAAUAUGAGAGGACGAUAGCUAGUCUGAUCUCAGAAACAGCACAAGACAAGAAGAGGCAUGCGGAAGAGAGAAUAAAGCUGAUAAAUGAGAGAGAUGAACAGACGGCCCACUUAGCCAGUAUGGAGGUUUCAUUUAGCGACCUUCACAGUAAAUACGAAAAGAGUAAACAAGUAAUUCUUAACUGUAAGGCAAACGAGGAUACGUAUAAAAAAUCCAUAAAAGCAUUUGAAGAAAACCUAACAAAAAUGCAAAACAAUUAUGAGCUUUUGAAACAACACGCGACAUCAAAGCUCAACCACGCGAAUCAGGAGUUAGAGAAGAUGAACAAGGCACACGAGGCGGAGGUAUUGAAGCUUAAUGCCAUGAUUAAGAGGAAAGAACUCCACAUCACGUCACUUGAAGAGUCCCUUGCGCAAAAGACGAAGGCGAACGAGGAGCUGACAGCCAUAUGCGAUGAACUCAUCAAUAAGGUUGGCUGAAUUUAUUUUAGGCUUUUCUAUAUUUGUUGUGUCUGUGAUCUAGGCGGAUACUCCGAGACUUGCUUUUGUGCUUAUCUUGAGAUAAGUAGCAUUAAGUUUUAACUAGUCUCUACGUUAUUGUGCCAAAUCAUUUUAGUGUAACGACAUUUUAUUCCUGUUGUUUAAUAUGUACUCAAAGACUGCAAAAUGUGAUAAAAUUCGAUUUCUAUAAUCAUGUUACAGUGUAUACUUAUAUGUAAUGUUAACGAGACCAUGUUUUCAACAAGUACAUCAGACCACAGCACUAUUACAUUAUGCUGGCCAUAAUUAAAGUGUGCGCUGCGGAUUAUAAGUCAGACACAGAUCUUGAUAUAAUAAAAAUGUAUAUUUUUUGCAUGUAUAACUGUUGUAUUUAAAUUCCCAGAUAUUUAUUUUGUAUGUAAACAUUUUCUACAAUAUUUUUGGGAAAAUAUAAAUUACGCGAAAUGAUAUUUUUGUAGAUACGUAUUCAUGAAGAACUAUGAUAUAUUUGGUAUUUAGAUAAUUAUAAUGAUGUGUAUCCUGUUUGUAAUACCUGACUGUUUUAGACCAACUCAUGCAAAAUGUGUUUAAUGGUAAUGUUACUCCUCAUUAGCCUCGCGUUGUAACAUCGUGCAGAUUUCGCAUUAAUUUAAUAUAAGCAGUCUUUAUCUGACCAACCUAGAUUCCUCAAUUAAUAAUUUUGACAUUGCAUCUCAUUUUGUUCCACAAUUACCGAUCUCUAAUAAUAAUAAUCACAUAUGCAAUUAGAUAAUAUUUUUGGACAUGACAAUAAAUUAUUGAAUGUGAAAUUAUAAUAGCUCGACUUUCCAUAUAACGGGUUGUUUGUCAGUUAUUUUUGUAUAAUAUAGAAUUUAGUUAUUAUUUUAGCAAAUAAAGUUGUCAUUUUUCA